CAAGGUCUGUCACGUGAGCUGCUGCUUCGAACCUCGAUCGAUUACUAUUGUCACCGGAGCGCCUAACACACUCUGCUGGUAGGGAAUUUAUACAACAUGGAUAAGCAAAGUGCCGAUCUUCUUACUCGUCUGGGAAUAACUAACGCCAUGCGUAAGCACAUGAUACGAGCUGUUGAACGCGUUAUCAGUAGACUCACCGACCCACAGGUGAUGAAAGAGACAAAUAGUACGAUUACAGAGGCGGAAAUGUCCAACAUGUGCUAUCUUCUACCUGAGACCCUACUGAAUGAACCGCCAUGUGUCAAAAUUGUUUUAGACCGACCAAUACAUGUAGUCGGUGAUCUGCGUGGUCACUUUGUCCACCUGAUGCACAUGUUAAAUACCAUCGGUCACCCCCCUUACGCCCGAUACGUGUUCCUGGGAAAUUAUGCCGACCAGGGUGCCAAAAGUUUGGACACUUUGGGUAUCCUGUUUGCCUACAAAUUAUUAUAUCCCAACUCACUCUAUCUGCUCCGUGGCAAACAUGAAUCGGACCUGGUUAGCCGCAGUUACGGAUUGUACGGACUAUUGUUUGAAGAGGUAUAGUCGACGCUUGUGGCAUGACGUUACAGCCAUUUUCACUCUGUUACCAGCAGCGGUGUUGUUGGACGAACAAGUGCUUUGCAUACACGGUGGUCUAUCUCCUUUGAUUGAGUACUAUAAUAUCACUAGUGUGGGACAACUGGAAACCCGAUUGAAUCAAACAAUCUUGCGUCCAGCAUCGAUUGACCGCAAUUCUAUCCUAUCUCAUCUGAUCUGGUCCGAUCCGGAUGAGCAUAUCGGCAACUGGGAGCAGAAUCCUAUCGGGAUGGGCUAUUUGUACGGGCCAAACGUUGUGUCCACUUUUUGUGAAACCACUGGUAUCACACAGAUAAUCCGUUCCAGUGAGCU